UGGGACUAGGAACGGUCGUUAGCUCUAGAUUACCUAUUCGGGACGUAUAAGAAACGACAACGUCCCCUUCACCGUUUUCGAAACCGGUGUGCCUUCUUUUUAGAUACUUACAUGGCAAACGUAUAGAACAUCAUGGAAAGAGAAACAAGCCGUCAGACUGGGCGAGUUCUGCGAUCAACCACAACUAGAGUUCAGAAAUCGCAAGCAAACUCCAAUUUAUCGAAACAUACUAGUAUCAAAUUUCAAGAACAACCGAAAGUACCAAAGACGUCAAAAGCAUCGAAAACAUUAAAAUCAAAGAUAGAAAAGUUCAUGCCAUCUUAUCUCCAGCAACCCGAUGCCGACGCAACUUCGGACCCGAACCAGGAUAUUUGGCUCUUCGCAUUUCCCCGUGAGAUCCUACGAGAAAUCUCAUCACAUCUCCCUCCGGAGUCUAUCAUCUGCCUCACACUCACCUGUAAACUCGCCCUACGCAUCCUAGGCAUAUCCUCGUGGAAGGACACCAUGAUCACGAAACGUUGGUGUACUGACACUACGACCAUGUCAAUGCCACGGUCGAACUUCAGGGAACUGUUACAACGCGAUGUAGAGAAGCUAGGUUUCGUAUCCUGCAAGGCUUGCAAUACGCUGCAUCCGCCGUUGAAAAAGCCUAGUGAGCAUCGCCAGAUUAAGUUGACGAAGUACUGCUGGGGCCAAGACGCGAUUAUCGAAUACUUGCCCCAGAACGAAGACGGGUUCGGUUAUAGCCUUGUCUUCGCCCAUAUCAAACACGCCAUGACUUCCACCCCCGAGGAUUCGAACUCACCGGUCGACUAUCUCUCUGGCUCGUUCCGCGUCCCGCAUCCUAACCUCAACUACACGGUCACAUCUUCCGCACGUCGUAUCAGCCGCAACCUGGUUCUCCAGCACGAUUACUGCUUCAGUCCUUCUUCUAAGCGGUUGUUGAAAGCCGCCGAUAUCUUCGAUCUUCCGUUCCGGAUCUGCCCUCAUCAGACGACUUCGACGGAUCAACCAGUUUUCAACCGGUAUACCCGGAACUCGACUCCCAACGGCCCCCUCCUAAUCCACUCCAUCGUGUCCGCCUUUCCCGCGGCUCGGAGGGUGAAAAUCCCUAAAGCUGGUGGCUUCCGGGAACCGACGGUGCUGGAGAAGCGGCAGAUGACCUCCGCUGAGAGUGAAGAGGGCUUCAUUUUCAAGUGCCGGUCCUGUCCUACGAAGUGGAGAGUUCGGUACGCGGAUACUAGUGGCGGAAAAGGUAUAGGCCGGGACGAGCUUACCGUCUCUGUAUUUCAUUGCUUCUCGAAAGAGUUGUACUCCGCUGCUACCUCUUGGCGCUGGUUUGUCAGGCGCGAGGGUCAGUUGCUAGGGAAGGAGAAGAGGAACAGUGAGUUCUGGAGUGUGGGUAGAAGCUAUCCCGAUUUCAAGGUUGAGUGAUGGAUGUACGCUUUGGCUCUUUAGCCCGAAUCGUCUAUUGAGCCUUAUCCCGCUUCAUGUUGGUUCUAUCAAUAAUCGAGCAUGAUGAAACAAUUCUGGGCUGUGUCAUGGCUUUGGACAGGGAUUGAUUGUCUAGUUUACCCGCUCUUAGGAUGGGGAUACCUUGACAG